AUGGGGGCCACCCCGGGGAACUACGGCCCCCCAGGAGUGGGACCGUCCUUGAGAUUGACCCCUCUGGGGACCUGUGGCCCCCCAGGAGUACUGCAGCCCCCAGGGGCUGUCCGGCGAGAUUUUGGGGAGGACGCUGGAGCCUCCGUGGGGGGCUCCUUAGAGCCCUGCCUGCGGGAAGGGCUCUGCUCCCUGGGGCACCUCAGACCUCCCAGCAGCAGCGGGGGGCUGGGGCCCCCCAGUGCCCCUAGGGAAGGACGCGCCCCCGGGAGCUCGGCGGCGGGCGAAGGGCGGCGGAGAGCUCGGGAGACCUCGCCGGGGACCGAGGGGACCCGCAUCAGCCAGGACCUGGUGGGGGGCAGCCUGGCCAUCGACACGCUGCCGGCCAACGAGACGCGGAUCGUGGAGGACAACCACAGCUACUACGUGUCGCGGAUCUACGGGCCGGGGGACGCCCGCCUGAGGGGGCUGUGGGUCGACAUGGCAGCGGCCAACAGGAGCCAAGUGAAGAUCCACGGGAUCCUCUCCAACACGCACCGGCAGGCCUCGAGAAUCGUCCUCUCCUUUGACUUCCCAUUCUACGGCCACCUCCUGCGGCAGGUCACGAUAGCGACGGGUGGUUUUAUCUUCAUGGGGGACGUCAUCCACCGGAUGCUCACGGCCACGCAGUACAUCGCACCCCUCAUGGCCAACUUCAACCCCAGCUACUCCCGCAACUCCACCGUCCAGUACUUGGACAACGGGACGGUUUUUGUGGUGCAGUGGGACAAGGUCUAUCUUCAGGGGAAGGAGGACAUGGGCAGCUUCACCUUCCAGGUGGCCCUGCACAGCACCGGGAGAAUCGUCUUUGGGUACAAGGAGAUCCCCGUGCCGGUCCUACAGAUCAGUGCCACCCAGCACCCCGUGAAAGCUGGCCUCUCCGAUGCCUUCAUGAUCCUCAACCCAUCUCCCGAUGUGCCUGAGUCCCGCCGUCGGACCAUCUACGAAUAUCAUCGCGUGGAGCUGGACACCAGCAAGAUCACCAACAUGUCAGCCGUGGAGUUCACCCCGCUGCCCACUUGUCUCCAGCAUCAGAGCUGUGAAAUGUGUGUGACCUCGGAGCUGACCUUCAACUGCAGCUGGUGUCACGUCCUGCAGAGGUGUUCCAGCGGCUUUGACCGAUACCGUGAGGAGUGGCUAUCCUACGGCUGCGGCCAGAAGUCAGAUGAGAAGACCUGCGAGGAUUUGGAAGGCGACCACUAUUCAGCACCUCCUGACAGCUCUUUCUCACCGCUGAAUGAGGAUGCCACCACCUCCGCGUCCUCGCUCUUCAUUGACGGUCUCACUACAGAAGAUGAUACGAAGCUCAAUCAGUACGCAGGAAGUGAAGGUGUGGGAAGCAGCCUUCCUUCCAAGAAAGCAGGCGCCCCGAUUCACACAGGUACUAUCGUGGGGAUCGUUCUGGCUGUGUUGCUCAUUGCAGCUAUUAUCCUUGCUGGAAUUUACAUCAACAGCCACCCCACCUCCAACGCUGCCCUGUUCUUCAUUGAGCGAAGGCCACAUCACUGGCCUGCCAUGAAAUUCCGAAAUCACACCAACCAUGCAACGUACUCGGAGGUGGAGCCGGCCAGCCAGGAGAAGGAGGGCUUUGUCGAAGCAGAACAGUGCUGAGCGCUUCCUCCCCCUGCAUCUCGAACCUCCCAUGUCUCAAGUGUUGGAGUCUUCUGUUAUUCUAUUGCAAAGUCUUUCCCCUCUUGGAAAAGAAACAGCAAGUAGAGGAAAAAGACCCAAUGGAGCAUUUGAAAAGAAUGAGUCAGGGCGAUGUGAGGCUGGGACUUGCCUGGAUUUCCUCACGGGACAGCAGGGCCUGCAGCGUCAGCAGUCAGUUGCGACAUUGGACUCCGCCUGCAGCCCGGCACCGAAGCCCUGGAUGUGGCGGUAGAAAAAAAGUGCAGUCAAAGUUUUCGCUUGGCGUGGGUUUUUUGUUUCGUGGUUGGGUUUUUCCCCCCCUGCGUGUGGCUGACCUCUUCCCUCCUCCACCAGGAGGCUUAACAGGGGCAGCAAAGGGGGGGCAAAUCUUGGUACAGGCGAAAUACGUAGUUGCCUCAAGCAGCAGGCUCUUGGGGACAGCAAAACAGUUGAUUUUUUGCUGCACGCUGGCUCUGCCUGCUCUCAGGAAAGUCGGGCUGGUUGCCUCUUCCCCUCUCCAGGGAGAGGCUGGGUGGUUGGUGGUAGGUGCUGUUGGUGGCCCAGGAGAGGUAAGGUUGGCUCUCCAGGGCUCACCUCCCCUCUUCCCCAGCUCUGUCCCUUUCUCCACUCUCCCCUUCGCCUUCUUUUGGGGCGGGCAACAUUUAAUUUUGCCUUCGUGGCCGAGAAGCCUUGUCCCCUUGUCUCUUCAUCCUGCAGUCUUCCACCACCAUGGCUUCAACUCCCUGCCCUCCCCUCCCUUCAAAGCAACAGCUUCCACCCCCUGCUCCAGAGAAAGGGAAACCUGAUCUAUUUUAAGGGCAGAACCCUGUGGAGGAUUCAGCUUCAGGAUGUUUGUGAGCCAAUGGCUCUGAUGCACUUUUUGGCAUCUAAUUAGUUUGCUAAAUUACUAACUAUGACCCUUACCCCAAAGGAGAUGGAGCGUGAAAAAAAAAUCUUAGGUUCCUUCAGAAUACAUCCUUGUGGCGCGGCCACUAAUCCAGCGGGAACAGAGUAGGUUCUGAUGGAAGAGGAUGGGGACAGAGCACUAGCAACAGCAGCGUCCUCCCACGGGCUGAAUCCUGACAUAAAUCCAAGCUCACUCAUGGGCAUUUCACAUAAAUAAGGAGUGAAGGCGUACAUGCCUUGAUACCAUUGAAAAUCUAAAAAUCACCUUGUUAACAGCAUAGUUUUUAGAGCCUACUCAAGUCAGUGGAAUUUUUUUCUGGUUUUUUAUUUUAUUAUGUCUGUGAUAGGCCCCUGGUCUGGAUUUGUGCAUCUAUCGUGAUUCCAGAAUCUGACCCCAGCUAAGGGCUUCGACACUAGACCUCUCAGGGUUUUCUACUCCUUCUGUGCAAUCAGAAUUCAAGACUAAUCUGCAGAAAUACUCUACCUUACUUCCACAGACACCAGCUGCAGGAUUGGGCCCUAAACUGAGGAAGGCUUGUAUAAAAAAAGAGAGAGUCCAAAGUCCAGUGCAAGGUAAAGUUUCUUUCCCCCACCAAAAAAUGUGGUGGGUGUGUGGGGCUUUUUUUCGUUCUUUUUUUUUUUUUCCAUUUUCUCUUGAUCCUCAGUUAUUUAUUCUGAUAAUCAUGUUUGGUGCAUAUUUUAUCCACUGGCUGGGGGGGGUGGCCCCGGG